AUGUCAAAGAGCCGAGUAAGGAAGGCAAGAGGAGGCGCUGAGACCCGGCGCCGUUCCACUUUUAUUUCCGUGGAACAACUUUUCUCUUGUGUGCUGGAGGAAAAGCAGAGGCUACGAGAGGAAGUCGCUCCACUAAGGCAGCAGCUGGAGCAGAUGUUCCUGUCACGUUUCGGGAUACAGCGAUUUGAUGGGUCCCAUGUGGACAUUCGUUUUUUCACCCGGUUUGCAUCUUAUGACCACCUGAUGCGGUUUUGGCAGGUCAUUCAACCAUCACUGAAAUACAUGGUCCGAGCGACCAGCUUAACUGCUGAUGAUGCUGGACGACUGAGUGCUCCCACGGGACAGGCUCUACACCCAAUAGAUGAGAUGUUCCUGUUCCUGAACUACCCGGCCCUUGUACUGAAGCAGAGGGACCUGGCUGACCGCUAUCAAAUCCACCAAUCUACUGUGAGCAGAAUAAUUCUCACAUGGAGCAAUUUUUUGCUUUCUGUCCUGGGUGCACAGAGAAUCUGGAUGACACAAGAGAGGAUCCGGGAGUACCUACCUGUAGAGUUCAGAGACUAUGCUGACACCACUGUGGUUCUGGACUGCACUGAGCUGAGGUGCCAAACCCCUUCUUCUCCCUUGCUACAGAGUGAGGUCUACUCAAACUACAAGUCCCACUGCACCCUGAAAGGAAUGACUGGUAUAGCACCACAUGGUCCAGUGACCUUUGUUUCUCCCCUCUAUGCUGGUUCGAUCAGCGACAAGCAGCUGUUUGUGGAAUCAGGUCUUUGCAAGCUUCUCCGUCCAGACUCAGCGAUCAUGGUGGACAGAGGCUUCCUGAUGGACAACUGUGUGCCCUGUAAGAUGUACAGACCUGCAUUUCUUUCAGGAAGACAUCAAAUGCCUGAGAGUGAGGUCAGGGAAACGCAGGCAAUCGCACACCUCAGAGUGCAUGUGGAGCGUGUGAUUCGAAGAUUGAAAGAACACAAGUUAUUUGAUUCAGUCAUUCCUUUGAAUAUGUUUGGUAACAUUAAUCAGCUGUACGUUGUUGCAUGUCUCCUGCUGAACUACGAAAAUGGCCCCUUGCUUAAGGCUUGGGCAAAGUAG